UGGUGCUGAUGGCGCUGAUGGAGAGAAGAUGCCCACUGCCAUCGUCUCUGUGUAGUGCAGGAGAGCUGCAAACCGGUCAUAUUUACCGCAGACACCACAGAGUCUGUUGUCUUUCAGCACAGCUGCAUGUUGUAGUCUGACACAAGAAGCCUGAUGUCUGUGGCAAAUGCGAAACACACUGUCCUGAAUCCGGUGAUCCCUUACACAGGGCCCAUACCUGGAGGCCUGCACCCUGGGGAGAUCAUCAUUAUCCAGGGCACUGUGCCCCCAGAUGCUGACAGGUUUCAGAUCGACCUGUCGAGCGGCUGCAGCACCAAGCCGCGCUCUGACGUCGCCCUCCACUUCAGCCCUCGAUUCAAAGGCUCGCCCUGUGUGGUAUGUAACUCCCUGCUGAAGGAGAGCUGGGGCAAAGAGGAAACGCUCCAUCAGCUGCCCUACAAAUGCGGAGCCCCCUUCGAGACUAUCAUCCUGGUGCACGGCGACGUCUUCAAGGUGGCAGUAAAUGGUGCUCACCUGCUGGAAUACAAGCACAAAAUCCCGCUAAACGUGGUCGACACAUUUUCUAUAUCUGGGAAAGUCAGGGUGCAUGCUAUUGGCUACAUCCCAAAUUCAGCAAUAUAUUCAGAAUCAGGUGACUUGAGCCUCCCUUACAAAGGCAGUAUACUCAAAGGACUGAGCCCUGGACAGCACGUUACAAUCAAAGGACAGGUCAGCAUGUAUCCUCACAGUUUUACAGUGAACCUCCGCAACAGCAGGACAGAGAACAUCGCUCUCCAUCUGAACCCCCGCAUGAAGUCGGGUGUGUUCAUUAGGAACUCGUACCUGAGUGAAUCCUGGGGUCAGGAGGAGCGGGAACUGCCCUUCUUUCCCUUCUCCUCAGGCGAGUACUUUGAGAUUCUCAUCCUCUGUCAGCCCCAUCAGUUCAAGCUGGCAGUGAAUGGCUCACACUUGUUUGAGUUCAGACACCGGGUGCAGGACCUGAGCAGCAUUGACCAGUUGGAGAUCAUGGGGGACCUGGAGCUCACUGAUGUGAAACUGUGGUGAUUUGGGACUCUAGACUUACACGGAAGCCAGCAUUACAGGCACUGUUGUGUUCUGGUUAUCAAUGCUAAAUUAGCUUAGCCACAAUGACCCAGACAAUGGAUGUUGAAAACGGCAAACCCUGUGCUGACUUCAGGUAAGGUUAGUCUUGCAGCAACCAUAGGUCGCUGAUUUUAAGCUAGUCUAGCAAUUUUGGUGACCAAGUACCAUGGACAGGUCCUACCAUGUCGUAUUAAUGGUCCAUGUUUCCAGCCCUGGCUAGAUGACUGAUGCAUGAGAGUUAGCUGUGCUGGAGCAUCAGGCUGUGAGCAACCAUGACUGUUUACAGCUAUAAGUUAGGUUUGCCUUGGUUCAUUUCUUAAACUGUCUCUAGUGCAUCUCUGCUGUGAUACGCUCUUAGUGCACUGUAUAAUUCAAAUUAUAUGUAAAUGUUAAUAAGCACUCAAGUACUGGCUUUGUUUAAAAGCCAAGACAGUCAGCAAAUAAAACAAUGAAUGAAACUGAAGGGCUCCAUUCUUUGGGAGCAAGUCCCAAUAAAGACUAAUUUAUUGUACAGCUAAUUUUAAAAGCUUGGAAACAUUUGUCAUCAUUAAUAAAUAAUUAGUAGUGGUUAUACUUUUUUUUGGUGGGGGGGGUGAAUGAAAACAUUUUUAACUUAUGGUCAAAAUCAUUUUCAUCUGCAUUUAAAUUUUUUAAAUUUUUUUUUUUUUACAUAUAAUGUUAAUUAAAUAGGAUGGGCCUACUUAGGGCAUACCCACAUUUGUUUAUUCUUUCAUUUCUUUCAUUCGUAAUCCUCAGGAUUCUUUAACACAAUAGCGUCCCAUGCACUUGACAUUUAAGUCAAUUUAACAUGUAAUGGUGCAGCAGAACUCAAGCACAGUGCAGUACAGGGUCAGUUUAAAAUACAACUAUUUCAAUAACCUAACAAAUGACAUUUUGCAAUAUUUAUGCAAGCUAUAGAAUAUAGUAGAAUCCUGUAUCCAUGACCAUCUCUCAUCUCACUGCUCUCCCACUCAGUGCUGCAAUGAUCAAUCCUGUGCCAAAAUGGAAAGAAAACGAAUAAAAGAUCUGGGAAAUCUAUUUUCCAAUGUCAAAUUUUUUUUCGCAUUGUCUAUUGUAAUUGUUGUAAAAUAUGUAUGAAAAAUCAUCCCUAUGUAUCAUAAAUGAUUUAAUAAAAAAUAAAUGUCUUACUAUUA